AUGGGUCUCUGGUUUGUUAACUCCAUCGCAAAAUCAAGCCCCGUGGUUGUGCGCGAGCCAUUUGUCAGGCUGGUGAAGCUUGUAGCAAGUGCUUUCUAUGAUAACUAUACUCCGGAAAGUGAUAAACAGCAGAAAUCUGCAAAGAGUGACAACAAAGGGAUUGCUGUUAUUGUGCUGAAUGCGCUUACGAGGUGGCAAUGGGUUAAAGAAGAAGACCUCUUGCCAGGUGGUCCCAAGCAACUUCUUCGGAAAGUAUUAAGAUACUUUGAAGAACAAAAAUUUAUCAUGCGUGUUGACAGGAAAGAGAGUGCAAGGGGUGCAAAGAAGAAUAGUGUUUCAGUGGCUAAUGGCCAACCAGGGGCAAAAGUUAAGGUCCACAUACACUCGUAUUACUGUCUCGAUUAUUCACAGAUAUAUGAUGUUGUUCGUUAUAAACUGCACCGUAUGAAGAAAGAAUUGAAAGAUGAACUAGAAGAUAAGGAUACUAUUCAGGAGUAUGGUUGUCUUAACUGCAAAAGGAAAUACAAUGCACUGGAUGCCCUGAGAUUGAUUUCUAUGGCAGACGAUUCUUUUCAUUGUGAAAAAUGCAAUGGUGAACUUGUUAUGGAAGAAACAGUAGAUGGGGAUGACAAUGCAAGGAGACGGCAACGGGAAGAUCUGCUUCAGAAGAUGGAGGUUCAGUUAAAACCUCUGAUGGAUCAUAUAAACAGAAUAAAAGACAUACCGGUUCCUAGCUUCGAAUCUUUUCCGGCAUGGGAAGCUCGUGCAGCUAAGGCUGCUCGUGAAAAUGGUUAUCUUAACCCUGAUGAUCCUUCAAGGUCACAGGGUGGGUAUGGUUCAACACUGAUGCCAUUUCUCAGGGAAACAGAGGUUGAGGUUAACCUUGGUGAAAAAAGAGAAGAUGUCAACUCUGAAGGUGGUGGAGAUCCUAGUGUGAAACUCUUUCCAUCAUGGCUGAUCAAGGAAGGAAUGAAUCUGACUGAGGAACAAAGAGGGUAUCAGAUGAGACAGGAAACUAAGGUUGAUGAUGGUGGCUCAGGAGGAGCAUCAGAAAUUUCAGAUGACAAGAAACCAGCCAUGGGAAGUGGCGAUGAUAAGUAUCUGAUGGAUGAGUAUAUCAAAGCUUGCUACGCUGCUAUACUGGAGCAGAAAGAGAUUGCUGAAAAGCUGAAUAAGCAAGAAUCCUCAGGCAAACUAAGCCCUGACAUUCAAUUGGCUACUAGUACAUCCUUGGAUCGUCAGGUUGGUAUGAAGUGUAAACGUGAAGAUCAAGAAGAUGUUGAAUGGGAAGAAGAAGCUCCUGUUGCAGCAAAUGGAAACUACAAGGAAGAAGAAGACGAGGAGGACGUCGAUUGGGAAGAAGGCUGA